AUGAAGUUUCGUUUAGAACCUACAGGAAAUGAAAAUCUACUUUUGACUUCAUCAGAAUUUACAACAGGAUCAAAAUUGGCAGAUGAAUGGUGCGUGACACUUCAUUUUAAUAAUGGUGUACGUCCCAAUUAUUCAGCAGACUGGUUAACAAUCUUCAUAGAAAAUUUAAAUACUCAUGAUGUAACAGCUCAAUUUUCUCUUUUUCUCUUGGAUAGAAAUCAAGUUAAACACCAAUUUACUCAGUCUCUGAGAGAUUUUAAAAUUUCCCAAAAAAUAUGGGGCAGACAUUUAUUUAUAAACAAGAAAAUACUCUUGGCCAACCCCUAUGAAUUGAUGCCCAAUGAUAUUUUAACGGUAUGCACUGAAGUCAUUGUUACUGAUGAUAAAGUCACGGUUCCAAAUGUUCCUCUCAGCUCUUCAAAAAUCCAAAUAAUAGAAGACUUAAAGGAGAUUUAUAACAGCAGAGAAAGCAGCGAUGUCACCAUAAACAUUGAAAAUAAGAAAAUUAAAGCUCAUAAAGUUAUUCUAAUGGCUAGAAGUCCCGUAUUGGCUGCGAUGUUUACUCACGAUAUGUCUGAAAAGAAGUCUAAUGAAGUAUUCAUAACAGACAUCUCUUCUGAUACCUUUGAAAAAUUACUUCAAUAUAUUUACACUGAUCAAGUUUCAGACCUGGAUUCAAUUGCUGGCGAUCUGUUGGAAGCUGCUGACAAAUAUCAGCUGCAGUCGCUCAAAAAAAAGUGCGAAGAGUCGCUCUGCAAAAGUUUAAGGCCAGACAAUCUUAUCUCGAUGAUGAAUUUUGCUGAACGUCACAAUGCUGAAAAUAUGUUAAAAUAUGUCACUGAAUGUAUUGCACUUGAUGCUGAAAAUGUUGUUCAGAGUAAUGAUUUCAAAGAAAUAGAAAAGUCGUCCAUGGGAUUUGAAUUGUUUAAAAAGCUCACGGCUUUGCAUGCUAACAAUGUCAAUGAAAUGGUUUAUUCUUCUUGA